CCAAGAUUUUACCUGAGGGACGAUUCUGCUGGUCAGUCCACAAAUUCUCUCUAUUAUUUGCACCUUCCAAGUUAGUGUAAAGCUGAGAAGUGAAGAAAGAAGAAGCAAAAAAGGACUUAAAGCUAUGCCCCCAAGGAAAGAACUCUGCAGGAAUUUUAUGCGGGGCAGUUGUCAAUAUGGUGAACGUUGUAAAUUUCUUCAUGCUGCCCAACAACAAACGAAGCCAAAUCCAUUUGGAUUUGGCAGCCAAUCCACUAAUUUCCAGAGUACAAAUAUGCCACAAACAAAGCCCAACCCUUUUGGUUUUGGUGUUCAGAGUAACUCCCAGCCAAGAGGGUCCAAUGAUAUGGGGCUCAAACAGAGUCAAUACAAGCCUUUUGAAAACAAGUGGACUCGUUCUACAAGUACCAACAGUUCUUCAUUGCGGCAUUCUGACAAUCAGCCUGUAGCACCUAAUCACACCUGCACAGAUGCUGAGUCAUGCAGAAGUCAAAUUGUGGAAGAUUUUAACAAUGAGAAACCAUUGUGGCUUCUUACCUGCUAUGGUCAUCGUAAAAAUGGUCCAUGUGAUAUUACCGGUGAUGUUAGCUAUGAAGAGCUGCGAGCAGCAGCAUAUGAUGCGAAACAUGGACAGAGCUUGAUGUCUAUUGUUGAGAGAGAGAGGAGACUGGUUAAUUCUAAAGUAGCUGAAUUUGAAAAUCUAUUGCAAAAUCCUUAUGCAUCUACAUCGACUUCUGCUCCUAAUGCUCAAAGUCCUUUUCCUGGUGCCACACCAAGUGCCUCAUUGAGUGUUCAAAGUCCUUUUCCUGGUGCUGCACCAAGUGCCUCAUUGAGUGCUCAAAGUCCUUUUCCUGGUGCCGCACCAAGUGCCUCGUUGAGUGCUCAAAGUCCUUUUCCUGGUGCCACACCAAGUGCCUCAUUGAGUGCUCAAAGUCCUUUUCCUGGUGCCGCACCAAGUGCCUCAUUGAGUGCUCAAAGUCCUUUUCCUGGUGCCGCACCAAAUGUCUCGAUGAGUGCUCAAAGCAGUUUUCCUCCUUCAGCCUCAAGUUUUAGUCAGUUGGGAGUCAUGCUGAAUACAGGGACUUCAACUCCACCAACUAUUACAUUUGGGCAACCCAAUCUCCCUGGGAACUCUUUUAAGAUGUCAAAUUCGUCUGGGACGAGUGCUUUUUCAUCUGGGAAUACAUCAGCAGCAGGUUCCUUUGGCUUCGGAACCCAAGUCCCUACCCAGCCGUAUCAAAAUCCUUCCACUCCCAGCAAUAUUUCCGCAAGUUCUGGGAGGAACUUAUUUUCCACCUCAAUGACUUCACCACAUUUUGCUAAUCCCUCUGGUGGCCAACUUCCUACUCCUUCUCAGGGGCUUUUUUCUGUUACGGCGUCCCCUGUCAGUAUCAACUUGACGAAUACUGCAUCAACAGAGGACUUCAGCGGGGAUAACAGCAUUUGGACAAAGAAGGAAUGGAAAAUUGGGGAGAUUCCAGAAGAAGCGCCCCCAGACAGAUAUGUUUUCUAGGAAUGCUUCUGGUACCUGACUAUUGAAGGUUUUCAGAUUAAAUCAGAUACAGAAGAAACUUUGUUCUUGUGUCGACGCAGAAGCAGAAAUUUUUGGGCAUUUGAUUAAGUUCCUACAUAGUUAUGCUUGUGAAAAGGGGUUUACCAUAUCUUCUUCCUUUAUUGCACUCUUGAAGAGGGCUAAAAUACUGUUUUCUUCUGCUGUUUAAAGAGUUGUAAUAUCAUCAGGUUGUUAGCUUAUGUAUGUUCCGCUAUUUAUAUGAAAAGAAAAGGCAGAA